AAUAGUUUGAGGUGGAAGUGAGCAAUAUCAUUUGGGAGUUCCCUUUACCCUCAGAGUUGUUCCCUUUUCUCCCUCUCCCCUAUUGUUAGGUAAAAGUGAUUUCGUUACUUUGCAAGAUCAAUAUUCCUCAGCCAUUAUUAUAUUGAAUGAAUGAUGGAAUCCCAAACUACCCUUGAAAAAAAGAUUGUGGAGCUAAAAAAUUCAAAUCAAAUACCCCAAAAUUCACGACCAAAGAUACAAAGGGUGGCUGAGUAUCUCAGAAAUAGAACAAAUCUUGAGAAGCAUUACUCACCCAAGUUGGUAUCAAUAGGUCCUAUCCAUCAUGGAAAUAUAAAUCUGAAGUUAGGAGAGAAGUACAAGCUUAUGUGGUCUGCGAAAUACAUAGAAAACAGCGGCUUUAUUCUAGAGGAUCUACACAAAAAGAUUGCUGAUAACAUCGAUGAACUGAAGGGUCAUUUUGGCGACGAUGUUUUAACUUUAACCGGCCAGUCUCUUGAAGGCUUUGGUAGCCUUGAAGAAAAGCUGUCAUGGAUGUUGUUCGUGGAUGGAUGCUCUUUGCUUUAUAUCUUGGAGACAGUCAUGUGGUUUGAUGAGCCAGGGCAUGUGGAUAUUAAGCUUGAUCAACUGGUUCUUCUGAUAACGGAUGUGCUUUUGUUGGAGAAUCAACUGCCUUAUAAAGUACUUAAGCUAUUGUGGGAAGAUAACAAUGAGGGUGAAUUGAUAAAAAUCAUGAGGAAUUUCCCCAACUGUCUUCGUUUGGUCAUACCAGUGUCAGAGAAGGAGAAGGAAGCUCCAGCUGAUUACAUACAAGAAGAAGAACAUAGUGUAUCAAUAACAAAUGAGUGGCAGUCAGAGACACCAACUCAUCUUCUUGAUGUUCAGCGUAAACUCAUGCUCCCUACAUCUAAUUCCAAGAGUGGAAGCAAUGAAGCCAUCACUUCCAAAGAAGCAGCGGAGGACAAAGGUCCACAAAAAUUAAAAAAGCUUUUUCGAGAAAUAAAGAAAUGGAGUAAGGAAGGGGUCAUGUCGAUUACAUACAGGGGCAUAGACGAUCUAAGAGCAGUAGGAAUAAGACUUGAGGCAAGCUUUACAUCAAAGCCAGCAGACAUAGUUUUCUAUGAAGGAUGGUUUACCUCAAGAUUGACUAUUCCUACGAUCUUUGUGAACAACAAUACAAUCGCUACUUUCCUUAACCUGAUUGCAUAUGAGAUGUGUCCAGAUUUUAAGAACGACUAUGAGUUUUGUUCUUAUGUAGCUUUCAUGGACUCUCUCAUUGACCAUCCUGAAGAUGUGAAGGCAUUGAGAUCAAAAGGGAUUUUGUGCACCUUUUGGAGUGAUGAGGAAGUUGCCAAUCUUUUCAAUAUCAUAGGUACUGGCUUGGAAUCUAACAUAGAAUUAUAUUUUGAAAUCAAAGUCAAAAUAGAUGAAAAUUAUCGUAAUAAAUACAAGAGUUGGAUAGCGUUGGGUUUUCGCACUUACUUCAACAAUCCUUGGACCAUUAUUGCAUUCCUUGCUGCAUUUAUUGCCCUCGCUCUUACUUUCAUUCAGACAUUGUUUACAAUUCACCCGACUAGCACAUAAAGGUGGCUUAUUAUGACAAUGUUUCCUUUAUGGCACUCUUCUCUUCUCUAUAGAUUGUGUUGAUUUCUUUUAGUUAAUUUUUGGGUUAAGUUUGAGUGUCCUUCUUGAGUCUUGACUAUGAGUAUUUCAAAAAUAAAGUGAGCCUUUUUCUUUGUAA